CUUCUUUUUUCCUCCUCCUUUAUUCAUCAUAUUUUUCCAUCUCCCGUUUCUCUCGUUUAACACUCUCUCUCUUUCAACUUUCUCUCUCUAAAAGUCCCCUCCUUCAAUGGCUGCCAAUGGCGUUCCCUCCACAGGCAAGGGCCAGAUCGUGAGCUUCGGAGAGAUGCUGAUCGACUUCGUCCCCACCGUCUCCGGCGUGUCGCUGGCGGAGGCUCCCGGGUUCCUCAAGGCCCCCGGCGGCGCCCCUGCCAACGUUGCGAUCGCCGUCGCGAGGCUCGGCGGGAAGGCUGCCUUCGUCGGAAAGCUCGGCGACGACGAAUUCGGCCACAUGCUGGCCGGAAUCCUCAAGGAGAACGGCGUCUCCGCCGACGGAAUCAACUUCGACAAGGGAGCUCGCACCGCCCUCGCCUUCGUCACCCUCCGCGCCGACGGCGAGCGCGAGUUCAUGUUCUACCGUAACCCUAGCGCCGACAUGCUCCUCGAACCCGAAGAGCUCAACCUCGAGCUCAUCAAAUCGGCCAAGGUGUUCCACUACGGAUCCAUAAGCUUGAUCGUGGAGCCAUGCAGAUCGGCGCACAUUAAGGCGAUGGAGGUGGCGAAGGAAGCUGGAGCUCUCCUCUCAUAUGACCCAAACCUCCGACUUCCGCUUUGGCCCUCACCUAAGGAGGCGCGUGAGCAGAUUCUCAGCAUAUGGGACAAGGCUGAGGUGAUCAAGGUUAGUGACGUUGAGCUGGAGUUCCUCACCGGCAGCGACAAGAUCGACGAUGAAUCCGCAUUGUCGCUCUGGCACCCAAAUCUCAAGCUCCUCCUCGUCACCCUCGGCGAGCACGGCUGCAGAUACUACACCAAGGAUUUCCAUGGGUCAGUUGAGGCAUUUCAUGUCAACACAGUCGAUACCACUGGUGCUGGUGAUGCAUUUAUUGGUGCACUGUUGUCCAAGAUUGUUGAUGACCAGUCUAUUAUUGAGGAUGAGGCAAGGUUGAGGGCGGUUCUGAAAUUUGCAAAUGCAUGUGGAGCCAUCACAACCACCAAGAAGGGAGCAAUCCCGGCUCUUCCCACUGAGACGGAAGUACUCAGCCUCGUCAACAAAGGUGUAUAAAGUGGGGAGAGGAUUUUCCCUUAGUUUUGCUUUGUUUUGUUUCUCUUUCCUAACUUUUUUUCUCUUUGGUACUUGGUCAUUUCUUUUGAUUUCUUGCUUUCUUAAGAGCUGCUUGCAAUUUGAGGAAAGAAAGAUUAUUCCAACUUCUCUUGCUCUUUUUCAUUUUUUCUCUUUUAGUUUCCUUCUUUCUCACUUCUUUCUGGAUGUAAUAAUGAAAAGACCAUGUGCCCUCCAAGGGCGUUUGAAUAAAUUCUUUUAAUAUUUUUAUUUGUUGGGUAAAA